UUGAUGGUCAACAACUCAAUGUAAACAUUGAUUUAUUUCACCUGAUCUUCUCAAAAUUUAACAUAUUUAUUGGAGUCCGUUUGUAUGAUGGGCAGACUAUUCCACGAUGUUGGGGAACUAUUGGAAAAACACAAGCUGGAAAGUCUUGAAAACAGGAUGGCAAUCUUUUCAAAGAAAUGAAAAUGCGAUCGGCAGUGUUGCACGUUUUCGUCCCUUCCGAUGUAGAGCCGUUAACGACGCCACCUCCACUCGCUGCAGCUCCGGCACGGCUGGGAGCCUGGGCGGCGUGCAUAUAGGAAGUGUGGCCCCUAGCAGCGGAUGUUUGCCUGGUCAGACGAACUUCACAAAUGAAGAUGGAAAGGGCAUCAUUGCAAGGAGGUUCUCUGGUUCUAUGCAAGUGUGCAGGAGAGAUUGUGGUUUGGAAGAUGAACAGGAAAAGAUUGAAAGACAUUUGAACAACCCUCUCGACAAAUAUCUGGAGCGAACUGGUGAUGAAUUUUCAGAGAAGACCUUGGAAGAAAUUACAAGAGAACAAAAGAGAAAGAUUGCUUCUUUAAAGCGAGCGAGAGCAGCGAGAGAAUUCAGACAAGGACCGGAGAGGCGGACCUUAUCCUGGGACACCAUCCAGCAGAUCCACUAUCUGAGACAAGAGAACCCUGAGGAUUGGUCAGUGGCCUCGCUGUCACAGAGCUUCAACGUUUCUGAAGAAGCCAUCGCCAAGGUCCUGAAAAGCAAGUUCAGGCCUGACGCAAAGACCAGGCGGAAGCAAGACCUGGCUGCAGCAAAGACAACAGGCUAUGUGACCGGUGGGACCAACCUGACACAGGCACCAGCCCUUGUGGCAAGGGAUGAUGCUAUUAAAGAGUCAGGUGAUAUCAAUGAAGGAAGAGAAAAUAAGCACGUACAAAACCCACAUGCUUUUGGACACAACAAAGAAUUGAGAAAUACGCAUCGUAAAUCAGCUGUGUUUGAACAUAAUCAGUCACAGGAAAGUGCAGAGAAUCAUGGAGUGAAGAAUAAAAAACACUGGGAUGCCAUUCCACCUCACACUCUGGAUAAGAGGCAGGAAAAUGAUGAAAUUCCAAUCAAUCCUGAAGUGGAGUAUUCACUUGGCUCUAUUGAUUUUGAGAACGUAGACAGCUUGAUUGAACAAACGGAAGUCAAACUGAAACCUCAAGUCUUCAAGAAGGGCAGAAACUUCUACAAUGAACACGGGGAGUUCUUGUACCGCAUUUAGCAGGAUUCACAGGCUGCACUUUGUACCAGCUUGAACCCCUGUGCUUGUUAUUCCAAACAAAUCAGAUUUGCUGGAGAGACUACUAUAAAAACUGGAAACCAGUGAAACUUGUGCAUUGUUGACCUUUCUUGGAGUUCAUGCAAGGAAAUUAUGAACGAAAAGGGUCUAUUCUUUAGUAAAAAUAAUGGCCCAUAUUUCCAAAAGAGAUUUCAAUUGUACCAUGAAACAAAACCUGUGGACUAUGCAGCUUUGUGUAUCUAAUUAUGGUUGGUUAUUUCAUUCGGUACACUAAGAAAAGUGCAAUUAUAAAUGCGCCUUUUGCAAAGGGUGCCUAUUUGAUGCAGAGUAAUACAUGAACCUGCAUUUAAAGCAAUGGCUUUGUAGACCAUUGAAACCUCUUCUGAGAAUACUGUACGCAGGCCUGCUUUAAGGGCCAAUGUGUAUACAGUCAGUCUGCAAGCCCCUCUGUUAUAGAUGAAGUCCACUCAAGGAAAAUGCUGACUUGGAUAAAUAAAGAAAAAUCAAACUAGCUUAGUGCAGA